AUGCCUGCUCUAGGAGAGUUCUCGAAACUUGAGAAACUCUUUGAGGAUGAGCUUCUUAGGAGAGAAGGACCUUUCAAGCCGGGAGAGCGGUGCCGUGACUGUCUGCAAGGUUCAGCGGUGAGCCGAUGCACCGACUGUUUUGGGCGACAGGGCUUCUGCGAUGCGUGUAUAGUUCAAGCACACAAAGCUCUACCGUUCCAUCGGAUACAGAAGUGGAACGGUCUUUUUUUCGAACGAGUUACGUUGACAAAGCUCGGUGCUAUUCUGGCGUUCUGCCAAUGCUGCGGCAGCAACUGCAACAGAAGAAAAAUUACCGUCGUUCAUACCAAUGGCCUGCACGAGGUGGAAAUCGGUCUUUGCGCAGGUGCUUCUGCUUCACCCCACUUCAUACAGCUACUGCAACAUGAUAUGUUUCCCGCAACUAUCAAAAGCCCGGUUACGGCUGUCACCUUCGACUGCUUGCGCGAUUUUCACCAACACAGUCUUUGUUCCAAAAGAUCUGCCUAUGACUACGUCACGAAACUCGCCCGAAGCACAGACAAUGUCGUCCCAAUGAGCACGAGGGACCGGUAUCGGGAGUUCAUGUUCUGUGCUCGGUUGUGGCGCCGGCUGCAGCUAUCGAAAAGAAGCGGACAGGCGCAUCGGCUUGAGGAUGUCAUUCCUCCCGAGUGCAAGAGCGUGCUGCUGGAUUCAGGACCAAUUUGCUCACGCUGUCCUGCGUGUCCUCUGCCGGGCGGAAUUUACGCAGAUCCAUCUUACCGAUGCUUCUCUAGCCAUCUUUCAACUAUGCUAUUGGGAGGAGACGGAAAUUUUCAUCUGCAACUCAAAGAUAAGCGCAGACAGGAUGAAGAGCGCUCCCUGUUAGACGGGCAAGGAUUCUUUCCCAGAAGGGACUCAUUCGACGAAUACAUCGGCCUGACUUCAGAUACAAACGAACGGCAUGAAUCUUGCUCAGGCGAGCCGUCAGGCAUGGUGUUCCGGGGUGGCCGUGAUCAAGGCAUGUCGGUGUCGGGGAUUUAUGGCUGUAGUUGUGUGAGGCAUAGCAUAUUCUUGCCCGGAGGUUUGGUGGAUUUACAGAAAGGAGAACGGUGCGUACUACGGCUCAUUCAUACGCUUUAUGAUAAUCCUAAUGGUCAAUCGGUAGGUAUGCAAAUGUAG